CUCGGUGCCACAGAUGAAUGAUCUGUGCUAGACAGUUUCUCUUUCUGUUGCAGACUGCAGUGCAAUUUAAUUUAAGAGGUCUGACUCUGAGAUUUUAAAUUAAACAGUAGGUAAUGCAAAAAGUGGGAUUGUUUUUUUAGUAAGAUUAUAGUUUUUUAGUACCACCAACAAAUAGGUAGUAAUGGCAAAUCACGAGAUAUCCUGCGGCUUGGAAUAUAUAAUCGCGCCCGACCUGCAAGCGUGUUUAUCGGAAGCUUUGCACGCUAAUUUUGCAUUUAUUGUUUUGCCGAUUGUUCAUCCACGUUUUCGCCGAUCAUUUCUGCCGUCCGGUGGCACAGUGGGAGGCUUUACAAGAUCAGAUAUGAUAUUGUCACCACAAGAUUGGAACAGCAGGAUUGUGGGAAGGUUAUCACAUUAUUUAGAUCCCGAUUCGGCAUCUCCACUUGUACGCCAACGUCACGAAGAUUGUCUAAAUGAGGAACUCGCUUAUUGUCGAGGACUGGGCCUUCCAGCCGUUAUGUUAAAUUUGCAUUCAAGAAACGUCAAUAAUUUGGCUAGAAACUUGCACACAUACAUGGACUCCAGCCAGCACCCAACACUUAUUUGGACUUGUGUACCAAUGCUUUGCCAAAGAACACUAAGAGCUCAGGAAUCUGCGGAUAAUGACAAUAUUGAGGCUUGGAAUGAGCCUUGGUAUUGGUGGACUACCUUCCAUGAGCGCAUGGGGUGGGAUAAGAGAAUUGGUGUUGUAGUGGAAAUACCAGCUGACCUGCCUCCACAAGAAGUACUCAAACGUUGGCUUGGUGAACCAAUAAAGGCUAUCAUUGUACCAACUACUCUUUUUCAUAAUAAUAAGAAAGGAUACCCUGUUCUAUCCAGAGCACAUCAACAAGUUGUUGUUAGCAUGGUAGAACAUGACGCACAAGUUAUAGUCAGUGGAGCAAGACGGUCAAAUAUUGAAUACUAUUUGCAAUAUUUGUAUAGAUUAUGGAAGAAAAGGCCAUAUGUUGCUGAUGAUCCUAUGCUCAGUUAUGCUAAAGGGUGGGAAGAUUAUCUACAAAUACCUCUACAGCCCUUAGCAGACAAUUUAGACACUCACACAUACAAUGUUUUUGAAAAAGAUCCUAUCAAGUAUGACCAAUACCAAAAAGCAAUCGCUCAAGCAUUGAAUGAUCUUCAAAAGAAGAGAAAAGAAGAAAGCAUUAACAAUGAAAGCAACACUGAAAUAAUCAAUACCAGUGCAAAAGAAAUCAUACAAGGCGAUAAUACAUCAAAAGAAAAUGAAAGGGCAAUUACUGUAAUGGUACUGGGUGCAGGAAGAGGCCCUCUUGUGAGAGCCACACUAAAUGCAGCAGAUAUAACUAACAGUAAAGUAAAAGUAGUAGCAGUAGAGAAAAAUCCAUGUGCAGUAGUGGUGCUUACUGCGCAAGCAAAAGAGGUGUGGCGUGACCGUGAUGUCUCUGUGAUUUCUGGGGAUAUGAGACAAAUAAACAUUUCGCCAAAAGCUGAUAUUAUUGUUUCAGAACUGUUAGGAUCAUGGGGAGACAAUGAACUUUCACCAGAAUGUUUAGAUGGUGCAGCGGGGCUCUUGAAAAAUGGUGGUAUCUCCAUACCCAGAGAGUAUAAAUCAUAUGUUGUCCCCAUAUCCUCGGCACGGCUUUGGGCGGCUGCAAGGGUAGCAAACCCGACGAACGCACAACAAAUGGAGAAGAACCUCGAAACUCUUUGGGUUGUUUAUAUGCAGAAUAAACAUGACAUUGGAGAGAUAAAAGAAGUGUUUGCUUUUGAACAUCCUGAGAAAGGUGUAAAAAAUCAUGAAGGCCAAGAGUUAUUAGACUACAGAGGACUACCACUUACUGAUAACCGAAGAUCAACAACUCUCAGAUGGGAAGUUCAACAGGAUAAUGUCAUGCAUGGUUUUGGUGGUUACUUUGACUGUUUACUGUAUGGCAAAGAAAUAAUAAGCAUAGUACCUUCCACACAUAGCCCAGGAAUGAUAUCGUGGUUUCCAGUUUUUAUACCAAUUAAGACGCCGUUAAGAGUACUUAAAGGUGACACAAUAACAGCAACUUUUUGGCGUUGCAUGAAUCCUCGAAAAGUUUGGUAUGAGUGGAUUGUUGAAGUUGGCAAUCAAGCUACUCCACUGCACAAUCGCAAUGGGCGCAGUUCGGAAAUGUUAUUAUGAUUCAUUGCUCAAAGGUGUUUGAAUAGUUUCGCAUUUAACCCGACUUUAUUUCUUCCAAAAUAGCCUAAAAGUUUUAUAUGAUGAAGCAAAUAUGCGGGAUUCGAAUUCAACCAUAAGCUUCCAAAAUAUAAUAACAUUAACUGGCACUCAAAGUCUAAAUCAAGAUGAAGUCAACCAUCAAAAUCAAUCAAUUGAAAAAUUGUAGGCUUUUAAUGUAAAUCUACUAAAAUUAACAAAACAAUACUUCAGCCUCAAUGACAUUUGGCCAUAUUUUUGCAUAAAUUUUGAAUUUAAAUCAAAGAAAAGGCAAAUGAGGGUUAAGUCGAGAUAUUCUAAAAGCCCUUUAAAAAAUCCAUUACAUUAUAUGAAAUAACGAGAAAUACAAGAAGUGAUGUUGA